AUGGAGAGUCUCGAGCGACUCCAGGGGCUCCAUGCAGACCUGGUAGCUUUCACCGAAACGCGCCUGGCAAAUAUUGAUCGCCUGUGGCAGGAAUUGGAGGACAGCAUCGAGGAUUUCAGGAAGUUGCUCGACAAUCCCAUUCCAGCCGCUGGUGACCGGGAGGCGUAUAGCAAUGACAAAAUCACUGUUGGGGACCAGGAGUAUGCCAUCAACGAUGAAUUCAAACACAUUAGCCGCGCAAUCGCCACGACCCUUGCCCUGGACGAAAUCGAAGCCGGACGAUUGCUGAUACAAAAUCAAGGAGAUUCGACGUCCUCAACUGAUUCCUUUGUGAUGGACACUGUGAGCAAUUUCCACAACCACAGAGAUCUCCUCCUCCAGACUUUGCGGAUCACUUUCCAACAAUCCCUCGCGGCGGCACCCGAGAAUGGAAUUAAACAGCUUUUUGAGACCAUUGUCGCAAAGGUGUUGGAAAUCGACAUGGGCGUCGCUAGCAAUGGAUCCUUGUUUGCCCAAAAAUGUUUGAGUAGCCUGGAGGAUAUUGAAAAAUUACAGGCGAAGGUCGGAGAUGAUCUCCAAAGCAAAGCGGUUCUGGGUGGGCCACGAGGCCCAGAAUUCUAUGCCACUCUUGAGUUUCAACGGGACAGUUUGUUCAAACAGCACGAGGCAUUGGCUUGCAUUCUCGCCUACCUCUUCCAGGGCGAUUACACGAAUCAGGAGGACCUUCGAAAGCUUAACAACAUCAUCAAGCGCUGGAAUCGUCUCGACUUCAGUCUCAUCCACUAUCUUCCCGCAUUCUCAGCAGCGUUCCACCAGUACGGCUCGCCGGGAAGUCACCUCUCCCAGGACAGCGUUCGUUCUCUCGACUCGGUCUUUGGUCCUUUGCCCCAAGAUCCCUCUUCCGCAUCCAUUCGACCUUUUCAAGCUGUAUUAAGCUUAUGGUGGACUGUGGAAUACAGUGGGCAAUUCCGUGAUCUAACCGGCCCAGAUGCCGGGGUCGAAACGAGAGCCAAUGCCGUGAAGGCGGCGCUGAAGGAAGAUGCUCUAGAACUCAUGCUUACCAUAUGCACAAGCACAAAUUCGGAUGUGUGGCGACAUCCCGCGAGACAAGAACUGGUCGCCUUGCUUCUCAGUGACACUCCUGAUGUUGCACUCGAAGGCGGCGAUCAGACCUCAUCCUAUUUCCGACUGCAAUUCAUGGAGUCUCUCGAGACGUUCAUUGAAGCCUUUAUAUCGAACAUGCCCGAUUCCAUUCGAAGACUCAAGACUGAAGAAGACGACCAGAGAUUGAAUCAACUCGUUGCGAUGCAAGAAGGUUUGUCGCUCGAUCAUCGAGGGGUUACCACGUCUAAACUUCACCUUGAAUGUUUCCUUGUCCUUAUCUCGUUCGCCUUUGAGCAGAGACCAGAAGCAGCGGAGCAAUGGUGGGAAGAUCCUGACAGCAACCUGUAUGGAUUUCUCCAGUGGGCCUCGAGAAGACAAACAGUUCCCCGGGCCAGCGCCUUCUGUGAGCUGUUGACAUCUAUAUCGGAAGACCAGGAAUGCGCCGACGCCGCCCACAAGUUUCUCUUGGACGAGUCAUUACCUACUUCGACAAGAGGUCGACGUAAUCCUUCCAUGAAUUACCAACAAAUGUUUGCUGAACUCGAGCUUUACUCGCACAAAGUUCACGAGCGCGCGACCACCACUCAAUUGCCAAACAGGCGGAAAGUUCUUCCCACCGACAUGAACGAGCUGGAAAGCCCAGUGAUGUUGUCUUGUUAUCUCCGUCUCCUAGCCCAUCUCAGCCGGCAACAUCGUGGGACUCGCACUUACAUCCUUGAGACCGUCACACCACCAUUUCCGCAAUCUUUGCUGCUCCUCAGUUCUGGCUCGGUGCCCAGUUAUUUGAGAGCCAGCGUCUUUACGACCCUGGACGCUCUCUUGACUGACAAAUCUGUGCAAACGGCGACCACACUAUGGCGGACUCUGGAUUUGUGGGCUUCGGAUGGUCAUGAGAUCGUUCGAUCGACCCUCAGCAAAGCGGCUCAGCCUCCGAAACCCACUCUCCUGGAUCUUCAAAACACGCUUAACUCGAUCGGGCUAUCGUUCGACCAGUAUGACGCUUUUGUGGUCCUUCUCCGUGGUCUGAUUACCCCCGUACCGUCCAUUAGUUUGGGUACCGACCGGCUGGCUUUUCCUGGGGACCUGGGAUCAUCUUACAGAAGCCCUGGAAUUGGUCCCUAUAUCGACUUCGUCUGUGGCCAGAUCUUUGUCAAGCGCAUUCCGGAAGUUGGGGACGAGUUACAGCGAUCAAUUUGUUCGUUUCACUGCUUGGACUUUGUGGCUGUUGGUCUCGCGGGAUUCAAUGAAGACUACGUGGCCAUGCUCGAGCGAUCACGCACUCAACGCGAUGCUCUCCAGGACGCGCCGAUAGCUGCAUCGUAUGCUCAACAGGGUCCGUUUGCCCGUCUCAUGCAGUGGAUACUCAGCACUGACAUGAACAAGGCAUUGAUGGAGUCCUUGCGUGUGCCUGUAGAGUCCGUGGAAGCAGCUCUACCAGAUUCACCUCUGCUCCUUGGCUUGCAAAGAUCAAUCGAUAUUAUCAAUCGUGUCCUAGACCUACAACCGACUUAUUUUGAUAUCGUCAGGCCGUUGAUUCAGUCGCAAUCAGCCCAAGAAGACGGCCUGGCCCGGUCGAGUAUUAAUUCGAUUGAAGACAGCUUGGUUGCGCAUCCCGAGGUCGUGCUAAACCUAUGUCAGUUUGCCGCUACCAGCCACGCCGAGCUUGCCCUUCGCUCUCUGGUUCUCCUGCAGAAACUGUCAGGCUCCGCGAAGCUCAACAAUCACUUCUUGACGAAUGGAGCUGCUCUUGGUCGUACGAGACGAAUUGUUGAUAUGCUGGGUCCAAAUGCCAGCUUUGAACUAGAACCCAUCUCGAAAAAUUUGUCGUCCAGACUACAAUUCGAUAUCCGAGAGCUCGAGGAUGGUUUUGAAUCAGUGAGCUAUCUAAUCAAGGACGGCAUAUUGGCCUUUUUCAAUUCUUGCCUGGAAACACAACCAGAUCUUCCCAACAUCGCCCAUCUGCUUCUCGGGUUCCACAGACUGGGCGAGCGCCUCACCAUUUCAAACUCCAUUGACGCAGGUACUUCUGUAUUCAAUUCGGUCGUCAAUCUGGUACAGAGCUAUCCUGACGACGAAGACGGAGUGAUGUCAUCCUGGCUAAUCCAUGUCAAAGCUGCAGCUCUGCAAGUUUUGAGACAUCUUUGGUCGUCGCCUUUGUCGUCCAGCAUUGUUGCGGGCCAGCUUCGCAGACUACAGUUCCUGCCAUCUCAGUAUUUGAGCCAACCUAUUGUAUCCCAGCAAACCAUUUGGGACGGUAAUCCGGUCCUUCAUCCUGCUUUCUGGUAUAGCACAUCUGCAGAGGCUCUUGCCGAAUUUCUUACUUUCCGAGCCUCUUUUUACAACUACACCGGAUCUGAGUUACGAGCGGCUUUGAACGAUGGGCUGUCAACAGCCCUGAGACAGACCCUGUCGACUCUGCAGGGGAAAACCACCGAUCUUGACGGUACUCUCAUAACAAAUCCUGAUAUUUUUGCCUUCUUUGACUUCCUGGAGCUUGAUUUGUCUGGCUCAUUUGACUUGGAUCUUGAGUUCUACCGUGGGGUCGACUUCCAGGCGUACCUGAUUGAAGCGUCAGAAGGAAUGCCUAAUCUCUACGAUCUCAAUCUUAUACGCGAAUAUCUGAAUGCCUUCCGAGUCGGCUUUAUGCAAAAGCAAACAGAGUCUCCGGGUAGCAGCAAGGUUGACGAGCAGAUCGUCAUUGCCGAGGCCGAUGGCAUCCUCGCCACCUUGGAAGCCCAAAAUCGGUCCAUCGUUGCUCACAAGGCCAGAGGAGAUGCUCUACAUGAGUAUGUGGAAAUGGUCAUAUCCGUUAUUGACUGCUGCUCCAUGGACCCGCCAACGAAAUCACAGUUCAUUUUGCACAUGCUCCAGAUCAUGUUGCCCAAGCUCGACGCUUUCAUUGCUGAUGAAUCUGAAGAGGUGAUGGAACUCGCUAGAGCGGCUGAUGCUCUACUCUUUUCACUUUCCGAAACAUCACCGACAAACACGCACAUGGAUAACCUCAUCACCGAGAAACUAUUUCAGCUCUUCCGCGCCUCGAUCGAAGGAAUCCCAGGUUCCAGCUCGAGCACGGGCCUCAGGACAGUCCUUUACCGGAUCUGUUCGCAAUAUCUGAUCCGAAUCACUGCGUCCGACGGCAAUGGUUCAGCUGCAAAUGCAAAAUCUCGAAGAAACAGCAUGGACUGUAUCCGCUCGACUAGUCAACGGCUUGUCCAAAUCCUGUGCGACGAUGCCGAGGAGGGCGUCGACGCCUGUCGGUUAAAUGCACUCAAUCUUCUGUCGCUCCUGGCGUCGCUUGCGCGAACCGAAAAGUCAAACUUCAUCCUCAAUUCACUCGUCAAAGCCAACGUGUUAGAGACUCUGAUCGAACCUUUGAAGCACGUUGCAUCUGAGUUUCAGGACUCGGAACCAGCUCACCGACCUUACCUCCUAUCGAUCUUCGAGUCGCGCAUGCUUCUCCUCCUCCAAAUCUCCCGUACGCCUGACGGCGCAAGAGCACUUCUCGAUGCUGGGCUCAUGCCCGCGUCGCGUGACUCGCUCCUCUUCCGUGCAGACCCAGAUCUCGGCAUCUCGACCCCAAUAUCACAGAGUAAUGACGCAGAGCCCUCGGCCAUAGCUCCUGUGGACACAUCAGCCGAAUCUAUCGCUUCCGCAUUACACACAUACUACGUCCUCCUAUCCUCAACACUGCGCGUGCUCCUCUCCACCUUUCUUUCUCGCGGUGCCCAAAAUGAGCAGAUCCAAUACAUCGCCCGCACUUUCCUGACGGACUACCGCGCGAACAUGGUGGGUGUAUUCAAGAAGUUUGCCGGUGUGAAUGGCAAGACCGACGACAGUCUUCGCCCCCUCGUCGCCGAAUGCGUUAGAUGUUAUACGGGCCUCGUCACAUUUUGUGGAUUUGUCGACUUCGAAGACGCAUCCACCUUAUCUAGCGCGCCGUACGGGGUUUUCUCAUGA